CAGGGUUCAUCGAUAACUUUCCAUCUGUCAAAUUUUAACCAAGAGUUAAAAUAAUCCACCAAAUGGUUCAGAGCCUUAAUAUUGUAUGAAACUGUCGGCAAACUUUAAUCAUAGGAGCCAUAAAAUUUCGACCAGUCAAAAAUUAACUAAAAUCAGUUUGCAAAUCAAGCGAUAAUUUCAAAUUCCUCACUACGAAAAGUAUCCAAAUUCAAGUGCCAGAAUAUGUUCAACAACACCACACAUAGCACAGAUAACCAACCCCUCAGUGGCAUCAUCAACACGUUGGACACCCUGGAAAACACCAUCAGCAAUUUGGAGCUGGAUGUCCGCAAUGAACUCAACACCCAACGUCUGCUGUACCGCUGCCAGUUGAAUCUUGCCGGAAAAUGUCCCUCGGUGGAGCAAGUCCAGUCCAGAGAUACGGACAGGGACAUUUCCAACGGCGCUGGAUCCAUAGUAAGCAAAUAUGGUAAAUGUAACUGCCGGUGCAACCAGGCACUUGGAAUCUACCUGGAUCAGCUCCGUCAGUCACAGUUAGAACAAGAGCAACUGCUUCAGACGUUGAAGAUGAAGGAAGAACAAACGCAGCUCUAUCGAUCUAAACUGAUGGAAACCAACGCCAUCGUGGAGCACCAGAAUCAGGAGAUACAGGCUCUCAAGGAUAAUGAGGAGCUCGUAACGAAGAAAAUCAAUACAGCCCUUGAGCAGGAAAAUCAAACCCUAAUGAACGAAAUCGACCGCUUGAAGCGUCUUCCCGACGAGCUGCGGGUGCGGGAACAUGCUCUCAAGGUUGCCAACAAGGAACUGCAGGAAACAAAACUCACGCUCAAGUCCCUCCUGCUUGACAUUGAAUCCGGCCUGGAAACGUGUGAGGACAUUUCGGGUGAGCUGCAGCAGGAGCGAAAACGUGCCUUCCACACACUGAACGAGAUCGACGAGGAAAAACGAAAAGCUAUGAACUGGGUUGCCAAAUACAGUGAAUUGAAACAGCAGUACGAUUCAGCGGUUCAGCAAAAGGAAUCAGUCCAACAGCUAAGUGCUGCUUUGAGGGAGAAGACCAUCAAAUUGGACGCUCUGAGCAAGGAAUACAAGGCUCUAGAGAAGGAAAGCGUCGAUUUCAUAUCGAAUGUGGAGACCGUCAAUGAAAAAAAGAGGACAGAACUCCAGGCAAGAGUAUUGGAACUGGAAUGUGAGAAUCUACGCUUGAAGAUUGCAUUAGAAGACCAAUGCCACAAUACAUCCGAAGUUACUCAUAAUAUGCAACGUGAGUUGUUAAAUCUCGAGAAAAAGUUCGUUGAAGCACAUGGUGAAAUCAAUACGUUAAAAAGAUACAACGAAACAGCCGCUGCUCAUGCAGAAUACGCAAUUCGUCACAAAAGCCUUCCAGGAAUUGAAUCAUCAGCGGAAUCGCAAUCGUUAAGUCCACCAUACUGCAAUACAUGCGUCACUGAAGAUACCUCGGAGAAGCUGGAAUCCAAUCGGGAAGUCUCCAGUGAUAGCUUUUCUUCAGCACGUGAAAAUAAUGAACAAGGUAGCAGUUCUGGGAAUUCCGGUAGAACCACAGAUGGGAAAACUGAGUGA